AUGUCUUCCAUCCAUCCUCCUCACAUCAUGCCAACAAAAGAUGAUGAGCAGUAUCACGUCAACCUUAAUGUUCGGCUUAUGUGUCCUGAGUGUAGGAUCAUGCCUCCUGAUAUUGUAGAACGAUUCAGUGAGGGCGAUAUGGUUUGUGGUAAUUGCGGACUGGUGUUAGGUGACAGAAUCGUAGAUACCCGGUCAGAAUGGCGUACCUUCUCAAAUGAUGACCAAGGAAACGAUGAUCCUUCGCGUGUUGGUGAUGCUGGUAAUCCACUACUUGACAAUAAUCAACUCGAUACACUUAUCUCUUUAGGCGCUCCGGGCUCUACCCUUGGCCGUGACCUGAGUAGGACUCAGAACAGAAAUGUGGACAAAAAGGAUUCAGUUCUUCAAGUGGCUUUUAGUAGAAUUUCUCAGAUGUGUGAGGCUUUCUUGCUACCAAAAAUAGUUCAGGAUGCUGCUAAAGAAGCGUAUAAGAUUGUUUAUGAGGAUCGUAAACUGAAGGGAAAGAGUCAAGAGUCUAUUAUGGCGGCUGCUAUUUUCAUUGCCUGUCGUCACUCGGGUGUUGCGCGUACUUUCAAGGAAAUAUGGGCUCUCACGAGUGUGCCAAAGCGAGAGAUCGGUCGUACUUUUAAAAUCAUGGAAAAACUACUUCAGUCAGCUGGUAUUAAAUUGUCACAUAGUACCAACGAAGAAUACCAGACUACGCAGACUCAUGCUGAAGACCUGGUUCGUCGUUUCUGCUCGCAUUUGGGUUUAUCAUCGCAAGUGACAAAAGCGGCUGAGCAUAUAGCUAGGAGGGCCAAAGAUGAAGGUACUUUGGCUGGUCGGUCACCUAUCUCAAUUGCUGCUGCUGCUAUCUAUAUGGCGGCCUCGCUCUUCAAGCAGUCCGUCACCGGAGGGGAAAUUGCUGAUAAGACAGGUGUCAGUGAUGGUACUAUUAAGACAAGUUAUAAGUUCUUAUUAGAGGCUAAGGACAAACUGAUUGAUGCUGAUUGGAUGAAGGAGAAUCAUGUCAAGGUUGAGGAUUUGCCUGAUUUGAAAGCUAAGUGA